AUGGAGAUUAAAUUACGGAAGCAUCUCAAUCAUGGCAAUGUUGGUGAAACAAGCCCCAAGAAUUCAGGAACUGGCCGUAAUGAGAAACAGAUCGUCAAUUUGCUUGAUAUAUUUAUAUCCCCUGCGGAAGAUAUGUACGCUGUUUCGCUGUUCACUCCUUCCUUGCGAUUCCUGUCUGUUAACAUGCGCAGUUACCUUGUCACCGACCUCAUGAAAACAGAUAUUGAGGCGCUUUUGAAGGCGAAGCCCAUUGAGAACGAGUUUGUUCGGUACUUAAUCUACCAAAUUAUGCGCGGCCUAAAAUAUCUUCACUCAGCGGGCGUGGUCCACCGCGACCUCAAACCAAGUAAUAUCUUGAUCAACGAUAAGUGUGAUCUCAAAAUAUGGAAUUUUGGGCUCGCGCAAGUUCAGGGGUCUUGUAUGACGGGCUACGUUGCGACUGAUUACUACAUGGCCCCUGAAGUCAUGCUUACGUGGAAGGAGUAUGGUGAGAAAAUUGACAUUUGGAGUGCAGGAUGUAUCUUUGCUGAAAUGCUACGCGGACAACCCCUUUUUCCACGGCAAAAUGAAAUUCACCAACUCCACGUUAUCACAGAGUUGCUUGGGACGCCCUCAGAAGAUAUCAUAAGCGAGGUAACCCCCAGAGAGGUCGGUAUAUACAGGGUUUUCAUUUAUGAUGAGCCAAGAACAGGUCGAGCAGUCGUGGUACCGGAACCACUGUUCAGUUCGCUUUUGCGGCGAUAUCCCCGCGGGAAGAUUUUCUCUUACAACGACAAUGGAUUAGUCUCAGAAGACAGCAACGACACCUCACAGAAUAAGCCCGGAUCUGAGAACCGCGGUACAACCGACAAUGCUUACCAUACCGACGAGCGACGUUCAUCCAGCGAAAAGCGGAACAAGCCAACCUUUCGACAAGAUGCUGACCACCUGAUCAAAAUAUUCCCUGAAGCCAGGAACAUACUUUUUUUGCCGAUCUGGGACUCGGGCAAGCGCAGUAUCAUGGCCGAAAUUCAUCGACUCGAGGUGGAGGCGGCGGAAAAGGCAAAAACCAAAUUGGUCACCAGCAUCACGCACGAGCUCCGAACGCCGCUCCAUGGUAUCCUAGGCACAGCAGACAUCCUCAGUGACACGGCCAUGAAUGCCACGCAAUAUGGCAUGAUUCAUACAAUCGAGUCAUGUGGCCGCACCCUCCUGGACACCAUCAACAAUCUACUUGAUGUCACCUUCAUCGACAAGUACCAGAAAAAGCCAUCUCGCCUGAGCGGAAAUUUAGGAGAGAAGCAGAUAGACUUGCCUGCCAGUUCGAUGGACCGGGGUCACAUGCAGAGUAAAGACCGCGGUGAGAAGGCAUCAUCUUCGCAUGUCAAGCUGGAUGCGGUGCUCGAGGAGGUCACUGAGUCCGUUUUCGCUGGAUAUAGCUUUUACCCUCACCCCCACACGCCGCAUCCGGCCUUGACUGAUUUCUCUUCGCGGUCGGCCGGCCCAGCGAGCGCAUCCGACGUGGUUGGCCCUCGAGCCAGCCAGGUUACGAUCAUUUUCGACAUACAGCCAGAUACAACAUGGGACUUUGACACACACCCUGGUGCUUGGCGCCGCAUCCUGAUGAAUGUUCUCGGUAAUGCGCUAAAGUACACACCCUCGGGCUAUAUCUAUGUCGGUUUGGCUUCAUACCAAAACUGCGCCUCUCGGAGCAAAACGGGACCGGUAAACCAAUCGCUCGGAGAGCAAAACCAGGAAUUCGAGGUCACUCUUACUGUGAAGGACACUGGGAAAGGCAUUGGACCGGAGUAUUUACAAAAUGAUCUCUUUACCCCUUUUAUGCAGGAGGAUCCUCUUGCAUCCGGCAGCGGACUGGGGCUGAGCAUCGUCCGUCAGGCCGUUCAUUCCCUCGGUGGCUCGAUCGAGAUCAACUCUACCAAGGGAGUCGGUACUGAAUUGACGAUUCGGACUCCGCUCACCCGCUUUCCCGGUACAUCAGACGUCUCGUCGUUGGAAUCGGUAUUCAACUCCCUGCAGACUUUUACUCGGGGAAAGACGAUAGGUCUCCUAGGCUUCGGGUUCUCUCUUCGCUCUCGCCGAGAUACAGUGCUGUAUUCAUCUUUGGAACGAUUGUGCCGCGACUGGUUUGACCUGAAGGUGACUUCCGUAUCUCCCUUGAAGGAUGAACCCGUUGCCUUUGACUUUUACCUUGCCGUGCAGACGGAGCUGGACUCUGAGGAUGUCGAGGGAAGAAAUAUUGUUGCCCUUAAUAAACACCUCGACGGCGGAAACGGAUGCAGCCCUCCAGUCGUGGUCAUCUGCCAGUCCCCCGAGGAAGCGCAUAGUAUGUUUGUUGCAGCCAAGAAUCGGGAUGAAACGCCCGUCUUCGAAUUUAUCAGCCAGCCUUGCGGGCCCCGAAAACUGGCUCGCACGCUGAGUCUGUGUAUGAAGCGACAGCUUAACCAACAGUCUGGCCGGCCCAGCCCCGAAGAGCUGACUCGCUGGGUAGAAAUGCCAGAGUCUUCCCAUCUGCCGUUGGACCUCGAAGUGAGCGAUCCACCCCAGGAAAGAAUGAAAAUUAGCAAGCGACCGACGACGGACGCAAUCCGGGGACCACAGUAUCGAAGUCCUCGGUCUCUGUCAAGUGAGGACAGCCGAGAAGUGGAUUCACAGAUUAUCGCGCUACCGACGUCGGCUUCGAAGGAGGGACAGGGGAAUCCAGAGCUCCCCAGUCCAUCCGUCUUACUAGUGGAUGAUAAUGACCUGAACCUCCGGCUACUGUGUGCCUACACCAAAAAGGGGAAUUAUGAGUACAUGACGGCUCAGAAUGGGGCUGAGUCAGUCGCUACAUAUGAGGCCCACCCCGGCAAGUUCCGCGUUGUUAUCCUUGAUAUUUCAAUGCCUGUCAUGGAUGGCUUCGAGGCGGCCCGGCAAAUUCGCCGCCUCGAGAAAGAGUACCGGGCCGGAUUGGGUGAGUCGGCACGACAGGCGUUGCCGCCCACAAUCGUCGCUGCUUUGACAGGGCUUGGUAGUCUUGAUGCCCAGAAAGAGGCUUUCCGUUCCGGCAUCGAUACUUUUCUCAUCAAGCCGGCGCCCAGCGACCGGAUUUGUACGCAAUUCUACAGCGGAUAG